AUGUCUGAGACACCUGCAUUAUCGCUCAAAGAGCGCCUCGAAAAUGCUAGGAAGAAGUACGAGGAAAUCAAGAGUAGAAGAUCAACCCCAUUGUCCCUACAUACCUCCUCCAUUGCGCCUGGAAGCGAUGAAUCAACGUCAGUGGUGUCAGAACAACUCCGGACUGAAAACGAGGACUUAAAGAGCCAAAUCAAAGAACUCAAUAGUACAGUUGAACAACAAAAGGCAACCAUUAAGAAACUCCGUAAUGAAGCCACAGAGCUCAAGCUCGAUCGGAUGGAUUUAGAGGAACGGAUUGGUGAACUAGAGGAGGAAGUAAAGUCUCUACAGCCGCAACAGAAAGCACAAGGAUUCAAGGAUACGAGCAUUCAAUUGCUGGAGCUGAAGCCGAAAGCAGUGGUCGAUUUCAAAGACCAGAUCAUGAAGUGGAAGGACUGGCAGGUGGAUAUGCGUACGUGGAAUACAGCCACUCGAGCUGAGGUCUAG